AUGCAUUUCUCCACCGCUAUUACCACCUUGUCCGCUUUCGCUGUCAUGAGCGCCAGCGUGAGUGCCUUCCAGGCCGACUUCGACACCUGGGACGUCCGAGGCUGCAUGGGCAGUGGUGAACCAGGACGCCUUAACCACUACCCCACGGUUAACAAGGACGUAUGCGGUGACCUACCCAAUGCUGCGAGCAUCAGAGUCAACUACCUAGAGGGAAACUGCCAAGUGAACCUUUACUCUGGAGACAGGUGCACUGGUGACUUUACUGUGUACAAGAAAGAGCCCAACUACAAUCAGUCAUGCAAGAAUGUUGAUGGCAAAGUGAGCUACAAGGUUACUUGCUAG